AAAACGACAAAUUAAAGGCAAUAGUUAUUUAUAAUAUAUUUCCAAAUUAAGUAGCCUUAAGCAAUUGAAAAAACUAUGGUCAUUCCCAAGGAAGUGCUGAGUGACUACAAGGAGCUCUUCGAGAAAGCCAACAAACUGGUCGAGGAGGAGAGCAGCUCUGAUCCACCAACGGAUCCGUAUCGAUCCCAUUACAAGGCGCGCGAUGUGUUGUUGGACCUGAAGAAGCAGCUCGAUGAUCAGCUGAUCUCGAUGCGAGCCAGUGAGGAGGUUGAGGGCUGUGACGAGGAACUGGUGUUCAAGUCCAUGCUGGGCUUCGUUUGCCGUGACCUGGGUCGCAUAUACAUUUACACCGAGGAGUCGUCUGAGGGCGAAAAGUUUCUCAAUCGAUGCCUGGAAUUAAUGGAGCCGCACAAGAAGCUAGUCGAGGGUAUUAUACCUUACAUCGGUGCUGUCAACGAGCUGAGCAUUGUGCUCGGCUCCAGGCAGGAAUACAAAGCCGCUGCGGAGCUGCUGCUAAAGGCAGAGAUUAGUUAUAUUGAGUUUAAGGAGAGUGGAAAUGUUGCUCUGGCUGUUGUCGAUCUGUAUAGUCCGCCAGAUGAGCUGGCAACGGCUGCAGGCGCCAAGGAGCUGGAGAAUCUCUACACGCUAUGCUGCUUCUAUCUGGCCCAGAUGUAUGGACACAUUGGCGAGCCGGAAAAGUCGGCACAAUGCUGUCAUCGCACCCUGCAUCGACAGCUGCAGUUUAAAUCCUAUGAUGCCAUUGAUUUUGCCCUGAAUACGGCAACAUUGUCGCAGUAUUAUCUGGGCAAGGAGCGCUUUAAGGAGGCACGUCAUCAUUUGGCCGCUGCCACCAUCAUUAUGUCCGAGCACGAGUUGAACAUGUUACAGCCGGAGAUGAACGAACAACAGCGGUCAGAUUAUACGGAGACAUUUCGGCAUCGUUAUGCAGAUGUUGCCAGAUGUUGGGCCAAAUACGGGCUGCAUCUGUUGCAAUCCUCUAAAGAGCGUUUGCUGCAGGAUGACGACGAGGAGCAGCAGGAGCAGGUAACUCAGGCCACACAUGCGACCAAGCAGCUCACUUUGGCUGCUCACGAGGAUUAUCGCUUUGCGGAUCUGGAUUUGACGGCCUGCGAGAGUCGAGUCAGCUGUGAUUAUUGUCUGACCUUUGACGAUGCCAAGCUGGUGUUCCACUUUGUCAACGAGUGGCUAGACGUGGCCAAGGACUACUACAAAGCAGAAACAGAGGCCACUGAGUAUGCCAAGAUUAUACAGGACUAUGCCGAGGCAUACGAGCAUAUUGCUUUCUUUGAGGAACAGCCCGAGAAUCAGGCCAAGAUGCAGAAACGUCGGGCCAAAUUUCUAGAGGAUCUGCUUGACUUACUCGAUCCCAUGUUCUAUUUAAAGAUCUGUCGCGAAUGCUGGUAUGUGGCUGGCACGGCACACGCUGCUGUCCUGGACGUACGUCUGGACUCCAUGAAGGCGCAACAGUCGCCAACGCCGGAGCAAGUCAAGCGGAUCAAUCAGGCAGCACUGAAGGCCAUCAAGCACUUCGAGAGUUUUGUAAAAUCGUAUCUGGCGUCACCGACCGUCAACGACGGCGAGCAAUGGAAGAGCAACAUGGACAUGGAGGAAGUGCGUCUCAUGCUCUAUGCACACUUUCAUAUUGGAAGACUCUACUACAAACUGAUCAGUGGACAGCCACAGCAACAGCUGGAGCAACUGCAGCAAUGUCUGCGCUAUUAUAAGCGCUUCACUGAGGCAUGUGGCGAGCACAUGGAUGCCUCCAAGCCGAUGCACGGCGAGAUUAGCGUAGUCCGUGAGAUGCUAGAGCUGCUGCCACUGAAGAUUGUCACAGUUAAACGCAGAUUGGAGUGAAUUUCCAAGCUUUAUUUAUGUUAUACUAAUCCCAAAAAUCAAUAAAAACAAAUGGAAACAUGUAAA